AUGCCAGACCCAACCAAUCGCUCCUCAAGCCAACCAAUCAACAACGUGAAAACUUCUGAACAUGGUGGCCCACUUGGCCCCCCGGGAGAGCUGGCUUCGACAAUCAUCAAUGAAAAAUUAGCUACUGGUGAUCAAUUGAAACGGACAGAUUCGUCUAAAGACGGCCUCAACCAAUCACACUCUCCACUCAGCCCAUCCCCCGGCAAUCGCUCUUCUUCAGUAGCAUCAUCCACCAAGCUCCGCAGCCAACCCGCCCAUGUCAGUAGUCCACCGAGCUCAUCGGGCCCAGUCGGCCUCCAGCCAGAUCACGUCUACCGUUCUCAGUUGUCACCCUGGCGGUUCAAGAUCCGGUCGGCGUUGUUAGUGACACUGAACAAGGAGAUGACGAUUCUAGAGUCGAUCCAGCGUAGCUACCGCUCCGGCCCGCUCGAUCGACUGAUGGUCCAUUCCUCGUGGCUCGGCUCUCACCAGUUCUUCAUCCUCGCCUUACCCCUGAUCUUCUGGCUCGGCGACCACCACUUCGGACGCUCCCAAGUAUAUAUCCUCGGCAUGUCCGUCUACUUCACCGGGAUCCUCAAGGAUCUGUUCUGUAUUCCUCGCCCCUAUUCGCCCCCGAUCCAAAGACUCGCUAUCAGCAAUCACGCUUCCGAAUACGGAUUCCCGUCCAGUCAUUCUGCCAUUUCUGCAUCCACGUUUCUCAUGGGACUCCAAUACGCCCUUCAUGUCCAGUCGAUCGUCCAGCAGUUGGCUCUCUUUCUUGGCCUGAUCCUCUAUGGAUUCUUGUUGGUCUUUGGGAGGGUAUACUGCGGGAUGCAUUCGAUCCAGGAUGUGGCCUGCGGCUGGACGAUCGGCGUUUUCGCAUGGACGAUCCAUCGAGUCUUUGGUGAAGUUGUCGAACGAUGGGCGACGAGCACGCAAGCAUCAGUCCCCCUCGUUUUGAUUGUCUGCGGUCUGAUCCUCACGGCUGCCCAUCCACAACCGGUAGACGAUUGUCCCUGUUUUGAGGACAGCACGGCCUUCGUUGCUGUCUCGGUGGGAGUGAUGAUCGGACACCGGAUCGCCAACGAUCUCAUCCUCCAUCAGAUGAAAGACCCAGCCCUAUCCGGAUUACGCUUCCCCCAAGCGUUGAUCAAGUUGUUCUUGGGCUUGGCGGUCAUCUUCGGCUGGCGGUUCCUGAUGAAGGAGCUCCUCUCCCGUCUUCUCCCGCCGCUCUUCAGACUGUUUGCGCCGCUUCUCGAGCUCCCUCGGAAGCAUUAUGCGCCGACGAAGGACUAUGGCCGGUACCGAGAUGAGCUCCGAGAGCGGGGUCGACGGACGGGCCUGAGUGCCAGACUGAUCCCCUCCGUCGUCGACCUGCCCAACAUGACGCGCACGCUCAGGAACAGGUUCGCGCCUGAAUCUCCUCCGGCCGAUUCGCCCGUCGCCCAUCCCGCCCAAGCCCUCCAUCCUGCCCUCCACAACCGCACGCCCAACGCCAUCGAAAUCGACCCCCUGGUCGACGCUCAGAAGCCCUCUACCCUUGACUCCAAACUGCCUCCAGCCCCGCCCUCCAAACAUUACGAUGUCGAUGUCCUGAUGAGAUUGAUCGUUUAUGUUGGGAUCGGAAUGCUGUCUAGUGGACUUUUACCCAUCUUUUUCGACCGAAUCGGACUGGAUACAUAG